GGCGGGGGAAGCGCUAAGCCUGGGAAGCUGAGCCGCACGAGCGAGGGGGGGCAGGUCCUGUUUUGAAGGAGCAGGGAACCUUACCGGCCCUCGAAGUGAAGCGAGAGGGAGGCGCUUCGCCGUUUCUCCUGCCGGGGGAGGUCCGGCUCCCCGCGAAGAGUCCGGACCUUGCGCCCCUUCGGCUCGAUGUGCUGCUGUUAACCCCGAGCGGGCGGCGUCGGCGGAAGAUGGUGCUGCCGCGAGUGUUAAUUCUGCUCCUCUCCUGGGCGGCGGGGCUGGGAGGUCAAUAUGGAAAUCCUUUAAAUAAAUACAUUAGACAUUAUGAAGGCUUGUCAUAUGAUGUGAGUUCAUUACACCAAAAACACCAGCGUGCCAAAAGAGCAAUUUCCCAUGAGGACCAGUUUUUACGUCUAGAUUUCCAUGCCCAUGGAAGACAUUUCAACCUGCGCAUGAAGAGGGACACUUCCCUUUUCAGUGAUGAAUUUAAAGUAGAAACAUCAAAUAAAGUACUUGAUUAUGAUACCUCUCAUAUUUACACUGGACAUAUUUAUGGUGAAGAAGGAAGUUUUAGCCAUGGAUCAGUUAUUGAUGGAAUAUUUGAAGGAUUCAUACAAACUCGUGGUGGGACAUUUUAUGUUGAGCCAGCAGAGAGAUAUAUUAAAGACCGAACUCUGCCGUUUCAUUCUGUCAUUUAUCAUGAAGAUGAUAUUAACUAUCCCCAUAAAUAUGGUCCACAGGGGGGCUGUGCAGAUCAUUCAGUUUUUGAAAGAAUGAGAAAAUACCAGAUAACUGGUACAGAGGAAGUAACACAGACACCUCAAGAAGAACAUAUUGUUAAUGGUCCAGAACUCCUGAGGAAAAAGCGUACAACUUCAGCUGAAAGAAAUACUUGUCAGCUUUAUAUUCAGACUGAUCAUCUGUUCUUUAAAUAUUAUGGAACACGUGAGGCUGUGAUUGCCCAGAUAUCCAGUCAUGUUAAAGCAAUUGAUACAAUUUACCAGACCACAGACUUCUCUGGGAUCCGUAACAUCAGUUUCAUGGUGAAACGCAUAAGAAUCAACACAACUGCUGAUGAAAAGGACCCAACAAAUCCCUUCCGUUUCCCAAAUAUUGGUGUGGAGAAGUUUCUGGAAUUGAAUUCAGAACAGAAUCAUGAUGACUACUGUUUGGCCUAUGUCUUCACAGACCGAGAUUUUGAUGAUGGUGUUCUUGGUCUGGCUUGGGUUGGAGCACCUUCAGGAAGCUCUGGAGGAAUAUGUGAAAAAAGUAAGCUCUAUUCAGAUGGUAAGAGGAAGUCCUUAAACACUGGAAUUAUUACUGUUCAGAACUAUGGGUCUCAUGUGCCCCCCAAAGUCUCUCACAUUACUUUUGCUCAUGAAGUUGGACAUAACUUUGGAUCUCCACAUGAUUCUGGAACAGAGUGCACUCCAGGAGAAUCUAAGAAUUUAGGACAGAAAGAAAAUGGCAAUUACAUCAUGUAUGCAAGAGCAACAUCUGGGGACAAACUUAACAACAAUAAAUUCUCACUCUGUAGUAUUAGAAAUAUAAGCCAAGUUCUUGAGAAGAAGAGAAACAACUGUUUUGUUGAAUCUGGCCAGCCUAUUUGUGGAAAUGGGAUGGUAGAACAAGGUGAAGAAUGUGAUUGUGGCUAUAGUGACCAGUGUAAAGAUGAGUGUUGCUAUGAUGCAAACCAACCAGAGGGGAAAAAAUGCAAGCUGAAACCUGGAAAACAGUGCAGUCCAAGUCAAGGUCCUUGCUGUACAGCAGGCUGUGCAUUCAAGUCAAAAACUGAGAAGUGUCGGGAUGAUUCAGAUUGUGCAAAAGAAGGAAUAUGUAAUGGUGUCACAGCUCUCUGUCCUGCAUCUGACCCUAAGCCAAACUUUACAGACUGUAAUAGGCAUACACAAGUGUGCAUUAAUGGGCAAUGUGCAGGCUCUAUCUGUGAGAAAUACGGCUUGGAGGAGUGUACCUGUGCAAGUUCUGAUGGCAAAGAUGAUAAAGAAUUAUGCCAUGUCUGCUGUAUGAAGAAGAUGGAUCCAUCAACUUGUGCCAGUACAGGGUCUGCGCAGUGGAAGAUGUUCUUCGUUGGUCGCACCAUCACUCUCCAACCUGGAUCCCCUUGCAAUGAUUUUAGAGGCUACUGUGAUGUUUUCAUGCGGUGCAGAUUAGUAGAUGCUGAUGGCCCUUUAGCAAGACUGAAAAAAGCAAUUUUUAGUCCAGAGCUCUAUGAAAACAUUGCUGAAUGGAUUGUGGCUCAUUGGUGGGCCGUGUUACUCAUGGGAAUUGCCCUCAUCAUGUUAAUGGCUGGAUUUAUUAAGAUAUGCAGUGUUCAUACUCCAAGUAGUAAUCCAAAGUUGCCUCCUCCUAAACCUCUUCCAGGCACUUUAAAGAGGAGGAGACCGCCACAGCCCAUUCAUCAGCCACCCCAGCGUCAGAGGCCCCGGGAGAGUUAUCAGAUGGGACACAUGAGACGUUAACUGCAGCUUUUGCCUUGGUUCUUCCUAGUGCCUACAAUGGGAAAACUUCACUCCAAAGAGAAAACUAUUAAAUCAUCAUCCCCAAACUAAACCCUCAAGUACAAGAAACAAGUCGAAGGAAAAAUAUGGCAAGAAAUCAUGUCCUCAGACCAGGUGGAAUUACUUAAAUUUUAAAGCCAGAAAAUUCCGAUUUGGGGGUGGGAGGUGGAAAAGGAACCCAAUUUUCUUAUGGACAGAUAUUUUUAACCUAAUGGCACAAAGUCUUAGAAUAUUAUUAUGUGCCCCAUGUUCCCUGUUCUUCGUUGCUGCAUUUUCUUCACUUGCAGGCAAACUUGGCUCUCGAUAAACUUUUAUCACAAAUUGAAAUAUAUAUAUUUUUUUCAACUGCCAAUCAAGGCUAGGAGGCUUGACCACCUCAACAUUGGAGACAUCACUUGCCAAUGUACAUACCUUGUUAUAUGCAGACAUGUAUUUCUUACGUACACUGUACUUCUGUGUGCAAUUGUAAACAGAAAUUGCAAUAUGGAUGGUUCUUUGUAUUAUAAAAAUUUUCCGCUCUUAAUGAAAAAUUACUGUUUAAUUGACAUACUCAGGAUAACAGAGAAUGGGGGGAGUCAGUGGUCCAGGAUUCUGUAAUGCUUUACACAGGCAGUUUUGAACCGAGAAUCAAUUUACCUUUUUCCUAUGAUGGAGUUGGUUCUGAUAUUCAUUUUGUCUUUAUCCAAUGGCUGCUAAGAGCGCAGGAAUGGACUGCGCCAAACAACACAGCUAAGUGCUGUGCAGACUGGACACAUGCAGCAUACUACUUCACUUGGUUCUUUAUGUAAAUGUCUGAUUUCUGCUUCAACUUUCUAAUUCAAUUUCAUUUUGAAUUGAUAGGUGAAAUUUUAUUCAUGCUUUGGUAGAAAUUAAUGUCCUUUAAGUGAUUCUUUUUUAUUUGUAGUUUCUUCUUUGUUUUUCCAUUUAUCUAAAGUAUGCUAAUUAUGUUUUGUUUUUGUCUAAUAGAGAAGUGAAAGGAUGUGUCUUUAUUUUAUGGAAAUCUUUGAACACUUUUUUUAAUAGCAUAUCAUCACUGAUUAUUAGUAACCACUAAAGAAGAGUAAUUUGUUCAACUAGUAGUUAAAAUUAUAGAUAGGCCUUCUGACAUUUUUUCCCUAAAAUAUUUUAACAACAAUGAAGGUGAAACAGCACAAUGUCCCAUUCCAAAUUUAUUUUUUAAACAGAUGUAAAUAAUUGGCAUUUUAAAGAAAGCAAAAGCACUUACUGUAUUAAUGGCUUAUUGCUAUGCAGGAAUGGAAGGGGGCAUUACAAAAACAUUUUUAAGCUUGUGACGUAUUUAUUGCUUCUGUUUUCCAGCUACAUCACUUAAAUUAGAAAUAAACAGCUAUGAUUUUCCUGGCUUCACAUAGGAAGCAAUUUAGGGAAAGUUGAAAAAGAUUUGUGUUUUGACUUUUUUUCUUUUCUUUUUUUUUUUUUUCUUUAAGAGUAUAAGGUUUACACAAUCAUUCUCAUAAUGUGACGCAAGCCAGCAAGGCCAAAAAUGCUAGAGAAAAUAAUGGGAUCUCUUCCUUGUAAACUUGUACAGUAUGUUGUGACUUUUUUCAAAAUACAGCUUUUUGUACAUGAUUUAGAGACAAAUUUUGUACAUGAAACUCCAGAUAGACUAUAAAUAAUUCUAAACAAACAAGUAGGUAGAUCAUGUAUGUAAUUGCUUUUAAAUCAUUUAAAUGCCUUUGUUUUUGGACUGUGCAAAGAUUGGAAGUGGUUUGCAUUUCUAAAAUGGUGACUUUUAUUCUGCAAGAGUUCUUAGUAACUUCUUGAGUGUGGUAGACUUUGGAACAUGUACAUUUUUUGCUUGUAAUGUUAUCCUGUGGUAGGGUUUUGGCAGUUACAUACUGCACUAUUUUAUUUUGCGUCUAAGUUAAAUGUUUUCUGAAAAGAGAUACGUGCACUGAAUUCUUUCCACUGCAAAUCAAAAUGUGGUAAAACAAACAGAUCAAGACAAAUGAGAUCUAAUACUACUGUCAGUUUAAUGUCCACUGUGUUUUAUACAGUAUCUUUUUGUUCACUUUGGAAAUUUUUACUAAAAAUUGCAAAAAAUAAAGUAUUGUGGAAACAUGUAAGGAUUUUUGAAACUUGAAAUGCAUUAAUAAAUAGACUUGAUGAAAUUAACUUAAAGGUUCCAUACUCUUUGAACUCUGAGAACAAAAGAAGAUUCCUUAUUAAAUGAAAGAGAUUGUUAAGCAGAAAGAGGAUUGUCUCUUCCUACACAAAUAUAUAGAUACCUUUAUUCCUAGUUAGGAGUCCAUGUAGGAAAUUUAUGAUUAUUGUAUACACACAAUGAACGUUUAAAAAACACCUUACUAGUCUCAACUGUUUCACAUUAUUUCUAAUCAGUAUUAUAAGUGCUUAAAAGUAUUUGUGUUGAUGGAAGAGCUGAGUCAUUUUGGAAACUGUGGUCUUAUGUGUAUAUUACAAACUUUUGAAUGGUAGGUACCUUAUUUAUUUUAGAUGUCUAGUUAAUGAUAAGUAUUGUUUUGAAAUAACCAAGCCACAGCUUCCUGUUUCGUCACACUAAUAACAAAUAAGGAGAUAACUGGCAUUCCAGUUUUAUCUAGAAAGAGAACUGUAAGCCCAGAAUAGUUAAUCAUCCCUCAGAUCUUUUAGCUGAGACCAGCUAUAAAUGCAUAUUUGUUAAAUGAGUAAAAUGCAAUACUUUUUACUUACUUUAAUUUAGAUUCUUCAGAUGUAUAUAUGUUUAGUUUUGUUCAUGAAACCAAUACUCUGAUGACUGCAAAUAUUUUGAAAAUACAAAUUGAAUGCUUAAACUUUAUUUAGAAUUUUACCCUUCAUAUUUCUGUGUUUCAGUAAGGAUACAUUUUCCACUGUUGUUUUUCUACUGUUGGAGUAGUUGGGGGGACUGGUACUGGUGAGGGGUAGUUGGUUUAAAAGAGGACUGGGGCAAUAGGCAUCAAAGGAUCACCUCCAGUAGACUCCAGACUUUGAAAAUCCCUGUUGUAAAGUACUUCUUUGAAGGGCCUGGCAAGUAUUUUAGAUGUCUCAACCCAGGGUAGGUGUUGGCAGGUGGCAAGUGUCUGAGCUAUCUCAGCCUGGACUUAUAUAGUCUCUUCUAUAGGGAGUCCAGGCACUCUGACCCAACUCAGGCUGCAGCUUUUGUGUAUUAUGAGCCUCAGAUUCAAGCCAAUAGUUCAUGCUAUGUGUCCUCAGCUCUGUAGCUCUCCUGCAAUGCAUCCUCCAUCCUGGGUGCAUGCUCGCACACCCCUGUAUCCAGGGCAGUGCCUGGUCUUAAGAGUCUAGGUGUUGGUUUAUGCCCAAGUCAAUAGCUAUAGGGGGCUCUGCACCAUGGUCCCUUCUCCCUCUUCGGGGUUGCACUGCCCUAUUAUUACUCUAAGCUUAAAGUUCACUAAGAGUUCCCUGCCACUUUCAGUUAGACUGAUGCUCCUGUGUGUACAGUGAUAAUCAGUUUUUCCCUUAGGGGUUUUGGUUUUGUUUUGCAUCAGUCUUGUUGUGUGUAUUUGGAGGAUUUAAACACUGACUAUUGGAGGACUGUUGAGCCCAUUUUUGCCACACUCCUUUUCCAGAUUUCUGAGUUCAGUCAACAAUUCACAGAAUCAGCACUACAAUAAGUUACUACCAUUUCUGGACUUAGUGUUCCCCAUAAUGCCAGGAAAUCAUCACAGUUUUGGGAAGGACUUCUUUAAAUGAAGGAACUUUAUCUGAUCAGUCUUUUUUUUCCUGUGGUAUCUUAAGCACUUUGAAUUUUGGAUACUUCAUUUUUGUCAUUUUCACAGACUAGUUGCAACUACAGAUUUAUUCACAUUAAGCAGAGUACUCUUAUUCUCUCCUGUGAUCUGUGCAUUUUAACACCUAACGAUUUUUUUUCAAAGGUGGAAUUAGUGUCCUUGGCAGCUGUAUGGUUGUGUGUGCUUGCGCUUGAGAAAAUGUUUGGUCUGAAGUAUUUCUAAUUGAAGAUGUAAGAGAGUCCAUGUAGUAAAUGCAUUACAAAAUUGGACAGCCCAUUUCAGAGGUACAAAAAGAUGUGUUCCUUUUUUUUUCCAUUUUAAUUAAAGUGUUUUUCUUACAUCAUUGGAGCCCCCAUGUCACCCCUGAACCAUCACCAUAUUUCUUUGUCUUCAUCCCUCUCUUGUUGUGCCCCUUCUUUGCUGAAGAAGAUACGUUCUUUUCCAGAUUUAAAGGGUCAGGGUUUCCCAAAGCUGGAGAGCAAAUUGGAAGCGGUUGGUAGCUGCCAGGGACAGUUUACCUUUAGAGAUGUCAACUAAAGUUGUGAGAAAUUAGUUUCCUAAAAAGCAUUUUUACUUCUGAGAAACUGAAAAGAUGAUCAGUUUGCCCCACAGAACUCAGCUUCAGUUUUAGCAUUUCUGGUUUUAUGUUCUUGAUUAAAAACAACUUCCCUUUGCAUCUCUUUUUCCAUGUCAUUUUCUCAUCAUUUCUGUAUCCAAUUCUUUGUAUAAGUAGGUGAGCCCUUGCAUUCUUUCAUACCAGAAGUCAAGGAAACUAUUAAAGACCCUCUUAAAGAUUCAGGGAACACCAUGAAGGAGUUCCCAUAGGCCAAAGUUGAAAAAAAUUUUGUAUUAUUAAGAGAGAGAUUGAAGUUUAUCAUUGUGUUGUACUCUGUGAAUUAAUGCUAGUUCACAAAAUCACACUUAACUUUGGAAUAUGCUCUUAAAUGUUCAGCUUAGGAAAGAGAACAGAUGGAAAUUCACCAUUUUAACCCAAAUGGUGAAUGAAUCUAGACAGAGAUCACCAGUGACUACUAACCUCAUAGAGAGCAGACAUUUUGUGCCUCCUAAAGGAAACACCACUUUUGCAGCAGUCCCGCCAGACGUCAAUCUGAUCCCGAUCGAACCUCCAGAUCAACCACCUCUUUACUACAAGUACAAGAAUCAGAGGAACCUGCUAGGUGAAACCACAAAGGAUUCGCUUAGCACUGUCCAGACUCUGGAAAACUAGGACAAAUGAUCCUGUUGCUUCAACCUUGAGUUGCAAAGAAAAAAGAAAAAGAUGGAUUAAAGGAAACUUCAGAUCUACAAUACAGUGGACUUAUUUGGAUCCCAAUUUGAAUGAAUUUAGUGAAAAAUGAGAUUAUAGGGAAAUAUGACAACUAAGUGGUUAUUAGAUGAUUUUACAGAUUUUGCAAUUAUUUUCAAAUGUGAUGAUGGUAUCCUGGUUACAUUUGUAAAAGGAGUCCUUUUAGAGAUGGAAAUUGAAAGUUAAAAAUGAAAUGAUACCGUGUCUAGCAUUUGUUUAAAAAUAAUUGGAGUUAGGUAGAGUGAGGGAGUUUAAGUAAAACAAGAUUGACCUUGAAUUGAUAAUUGAUGAGCUGGGUGAUGGGUACUUGGGGGAUUCAUUAUGCUAUUUUCUAUGUUUAUAUUUGAGACUUUCCAUAAAGUUUAAGAAAUGUGAAUCAAAUUAAUGUAGCAGCUCAUUUAUUACUUGUUUUUAUUUUGGCAGAAAUUCAUGAUAAUGACUUAUAUUCAUAACAUUUUUUAUAAUGAUUUUUUAGUGGAAUUAAACUUGAAUCAGUCAAGCUAACAUAAUUAAUUAUAUUCUGCUCCAGUUACAGUGAAUGAUUAAUUGAUUUCAACUGCUAGGGCAAAUGCUUAGAGCUAUCAGUCAUUCAGCAGUCUUAGCGAGCAGGCCAGUAGAUCCCUCUUUGCUCACUAGUUUUUGGGGGACUUGCUACCUACUUAAGGAAAAUAUUUAUUUUCUGUUAAAACAUGUUUGGGGAGUAUGAUUUGGUUAACCACGUUAUGUUUCUCAUCUUGGAAUAAAUGUUAACUAGCUCAGUACAAUAAACUAAAUACUAUUUUCUUGUUAAAUGUUAAUGAUCCCUGGAGGUGGCAAUGUACAUUAAAAAGAUAUUCUGAAAUUGUUUGUUCUUAUUAUAGAGAAAUUAGAAUCAUUUAAUGUAGUAUAGGUGGUCCUAUAAAAAGUGUUUUCAUUGCAUGAAUUUUAGACAUCAUUGGAUAACUGAAGGCUGUUUGGUAAUGAACAAGUUAACCAAUUUAUUCUUCAUUCUAAAUGUGAUUUUCUUCUCCCUUGUCAUUUGGACAUGGAGUUAACCUCUAUAUUUAGAUGCAAAGGGUCAGUUUUUAUAAAGUGUCAGUAUGUUAGGAUUAAUUUUUUCAUUAUUAAUUUUUGUGAUUGUAGGUAGUUUUCAUUUUCCAUAAGACCUGUUAGCAGCAUUUCUAGGUGAAUGGACCUGUUAACACCUUGAAAUCUUAUCAGAAUUGGUUUGGAAUUCUGUGACUCCUGUGACUGGCAUAUACAUAGCAUGUAGCGGCUACCUCAGUCAUUAGCUAUUUCUCAAGCACUUGGUUGUGCCAGCACCUCUAUUAGGUGAUAGGAAUACAGUAUAAACUGCCCCUACUCUUGUGAAGCUUAUAGUCUAGUAGGUGAGGCAAGAUAAUAAAUAAUUGUGUGACUACAUAUGCAAUUCCAGCCAUAACUGCUAUGAGUGGGGAGGCCUUUGGUGAUCCAAGAGCUGAUCAUGCAGGAAUAGGAUUGGGGAGGAGGUGAGGUCUGUUCAGGAAGGUCAGAGAUUAUACUUCCUGAGAAAAUGAGGCUUGAGCCCAAAUCUAAAGGAUGGAGAGGUUGGAUAGGCCAAAUAGAGCUUUUUAAUCAUCUUGAGAAGUUAGAUAUUGGGCACAGAUAGGUAAUUUUUCCUUGGAGAAAGAUAAUAUUUUGCUCUUGAUUUUAUAUAUGAGCCUAACCACUCAGAUUACUUUUUAAAAAAUAGUGUAUUUUUGCUUAUUCUUUUACUAAAGAGCUGAGUUGUACCUUGGCAGAUGUUAUACUUGUAUCUGUUCUUAAGGAUUUAUUGGUAUCUGUUCUUAAGGAUUUAUUAGCUCAGCAGUUUGGGAGUUAGGAAAGGCCUAUGAGACUUUUCAGACCUUGAGCUCUUGACUACCACAAACGUGGGAUCAGGACAUCUGAUCUUUUAUCAUGCAGAAAGAGGUAUUCCUCUGACUGACUGCCCUCUGCCAUUCUGUACAUCCUCCAUCACAGCACACAUCACACUGCAGUGUGCUCUUGCUUCAUCCAAGCCAAGUGGUCAUUUCAAUUCUAUUCACUUACCAACCCACUGUACUUCGUCCAGUCAGCUCCCCAGGGACUUCAAUUCUUGCUUUCACAGAGCUCAUAGUCAAGUGAAAUGGAGCAAAUAAUGCAGUGAGUGGGCUUGACACUGUAAACUAUACAAAUACAAUGUAGCUAAAAGCUCACAGAGGAUGCAUGGAGGAGCCAGGACAAGUUCCCAAAGGAGAUGAUGUUUGAGCUGAGUUUUGAGUUUCUGUAAAAGUUUGCUCUAACAGUCUAAAGUGCCACAGGCUUUUAGAAGUGAUGUAAUUGCUGGGCCUUUCUUUGUCAUAUCCUGUCAUGCUUUCAUACCAGGGGGAAUGUGCUCCCCUCUGUAAGGAUUGCCCCUUCUGUCUUGGUUCUUAUAUAGGAUUCAUUCAUUCAUCUCCAUUUUCCUGAAUUGCCUAUAGGAAGUGUUCAAUAAACAUCUGUAAAAUAGGCAAUGACAUUACUUUCACGAGAUAAGCAUAAAAGUUAGUCUCAUUACAACAUGUCAGGACACCCGUGCUUCUCACUUGUCAGGUCUCUGAGCCUAAAUCCUCUGGCAGCACACCUUUCUUCCUGGAGAGAAAUCUCAAAAUCUUAUGUGCAUUUGUAUUCAUCGAAUAUAAAAUAUACCCACCAUGUUUUGCACAAACAGGAAAAGCACAUUUUAGCUUUGGAGUAUGUAAACAACAAGGUAUAACUCCUGGCAGAAGAGGAAAUGAAUUCAGAAAGCUUGACUUAGAAAUUAAAAAGUUGCAGUAGCUUCAUGUGUUUUCUCUUGUCUCUUUAGCCGAUUGCUUAUGGUAUUUUUCUACUUGACUAUUUCAUAAUGAAAAGUGAAAAUUGACAUUUUGUAGGCAGUGUUUCCUGCAGCAAACCUCCACAUCAACAUUUUUUUUUUUCAUAAAGUUUUCCCACAAAAUUUGAGUUCCACAGGUUUUUAAAGAUUUAGGGAAAAAAGUUGGGAGUGGGAUUAUGUAUUCUGGGGUCAAAUGGAAAUGCUGAGUUACAGUCAAGCAAGUUUGUGUUUAAUCUUUACUUUUUUUUUUUUAAAGAUGCAUUACUUUUUAGAGCCUCUAAUAUACUGACUGAUCUCAAAGAGGAUCUUUUGUGCGCAGUGCUCCCAAACUAGUUAGCAAUUCAGCACUUGCCUCCUCUAAAGAGCUUGGCUUCUGCAGAAACAUUUUGGCAUUGCUGCUUAGAUGGUGGGUACAUUGUCGGGUCCUCAGAGAGUGACAGGUUCUUGCUACCUAAGGAAUUCUCACUGAGUUUUGGAGUUUCACGUCUAUUACAGCACUUGGCACCGACAGAUUGUGGGUUGCAGUCAGAGGACCAUGUCCUUAGCUUACUCCUUUGCGCUUACCUGCAGCUCUGUUUUCUGUGGUGUUUGUUAAGACGGCUACUUGUGACAGUGGUCCCCACUGUGCCAAUCUUGUAUCUCAUACUUAAAAAUCUUGGUACACUCCUAAUAUGGCAAUGUUUUGAAUUAUGCAAAUGUAUUAUUGCACUAUUGCUAUGUAUGUUUUAAAAAUAUGCAAACGUUUUAAGAUACGAAAGAAAGAUUAAUGGAAGUUCUAUUCUCACAUCCCAAUGAGUCAUUUUGCACAUACCUUGGUGUGUACAGAGCCCACUUUGUAAACUUCUGCUUUUAGAGACAGUCUACAUACCAAUCCUCCAAAUCGACUAGCCAUCACCCUCCUCACAUUCCUGUGUUAAGUGUGCUUUCCAGUGGGACUUGGUAGCUGUGGAAGAAUGCAGUCUAUCUCUAGGUAUUUACUUCGAAAGAAAUCCAAGAUACAGUGAGUGCAAAAAGCAAAUAUCAAUAAAUAUGUAUGGUCUAAUUUCUUGUGUGUGAAAUUUUUUUAGGUUUAUGAAAAUAUUUAUACAAAAUGUCUAGACUGAUACAUUAAAAACAUAUCUGAGCACUGGAAUUAGGGUGUCGAGAGAGAAAGCAUUUUUAUUUAGUUUUCAUCCUUAUUGCUUGAAUUUUUAUGAACUCAUUCUUUUUAUAAUAAACAAAUUUUGAAAUCACUAAAUGCAUUGUGAUGUUGACUGUUAGAAUAUGUUGUCAAUGUUGAUGAUUGAAGUUGAGUGAUGUGAGUAUUGGGCCUAAUUAUUAUACUAUUUCUACUUUUAUGUAUAAUUGGAGAUUUCCAUAAUUAAAAAUAAAUAGAAAUAAACAUUGCAAAAAGAGCUAUAGAAAUACAACACAGUUGACAGUGAUUAUCUGGGCCUGGGGUGGAGUGGGAGAAGGAGAGUUGGGAAGUAGAAUUUCAGGUACUUUCCCUCCCAGUAUGUUCUGUGAGCAUGUAUUGCUUUUCUAAUGGGACACACACACACACACACACACACACACUCACUGCAAACCACCCCCAGUGCUGUAUCGCAUAGACGGAAGUAUAAAAUUAUUUGAAUUCCCAGAUACUUGUUGGUUUCUGAGGGCAUAUACAAAAUGAUUGUGUAAGCCAGAGUGUUCAGUAUAGGGCUCAGCUGUCCCACAUACAAGUGUUGUUUUAUAAUAUAAAUGGUGUAUAAUAAAGUGAAAGGCGAAAUUCUAAGGCAUAGCCAGUUGCCUCUGCAGUGUCCGAGCAGCAUCAGGGAGUGCCCAGCCGGUGGUCACCACGAAUGACCUGCACUGUUAGCUAGUCACCAGGCUCUACUAAGAAAGACAGGGCCUUUAAGUAGCCUACCCAAUAAAAGCUCUCACACGGGGUCUGAGGGAAUUAAUAUAUAAAGGAUGUUUUCUGUUGCUAACUGCAAUGCCAGGCUACCUUCAUAGACAUCUAGAAUCUAUAAGGAAGGAAAUGAUGGUUCAUUAACUGUGACCUUGUAGAAGUUAAGCUCUGGAUACCUCAUCUUUGAAACAAGGAUAAUAAUAUUAGCCAUCACAGCAGAGUGUGAUGAGGAUUAAACGUGAAUGUUUGUAAGGCCCUUGCAAAUGUGAACACACUCGAACACCAACUCUUCUCGUUUUCAUGUGAAAAACUGCUUAUUGAACUGAGAAUGUUUAGCUUGUGAGCAGGUGUUCCCAGACUUUGUGUCUUCUACUCAAACAGCCAUGUUGUUAGAGGCGACUGGUCUUUGGUUAAUCCCAAAUUAGAAAUGGGUUUGUAACCCAGUCUGGCCAAUACGACAUGAGGGAAUUCCUACUUUUCUUUCUUGUAAUGAUGUCAUGUCAAGGUGUGCUGCCUAGGACUGCACAGCCAACGUAUUAUCAGCCUGAGGAUGAGGCAGCAUCAAGGUUGGCAGAGCAAGGAAAAGCAAAAUCUUCACAACAUUACUGCGCCGUUGACUCAAUAAUCUCUGAAGACCACCUUACCUGGGGGCUUUGUUUUUUUGAAAUUAAAAAAUAUGUAAGAGUUCAGUUGUAUGGGGAAUAUAACCAAGAUGAAAAUGCAUACAUUGUGCAAAAA